CCCUUGGAGGCACAGGCCCCGCCUCUCGGGCAAUGCGUUUCCGGCGUUGUAACGCGGCGCUGGUUGGCUGGCGAGGCGGAGAGCAUGGCGGCGUCCGUGCUGGGCUCGCUGCUGCGGACUUUCCGGCAGGCGGUUCCUCCAUCUGCAUCAAGUCAGGUUCGAGGUUACUAUGUAGACUGGAAAAUGUUGCGUGAUGUGAAGAGACGAAAAAUGGCUUAUGAGUAUGCAGAUGAGAGACUUCGGAUAAAUUCUCUCAGAAAGAACACCAUUUUGCCAAAAGACCUUCAGGAAAUGGCUAGUGAAGAAAUUGCUGCCUUUCCACGGGAUAGCUGUCCUGUGAGAAUCAGAAAUCGGUGUGUUAUGACAUCCCGUCCACGUGGUGUAAAGCGUCGCUGGAGGCUUAGUCGCAUUGUCUUCCGCCACUUAGCUGACCAUGGGCUGCUUUCUGGAGUUCAGCGAGCAAUAUGGUAAAUCAGCUGCCCGGGAAGCCAAUCCUGGCAAAAGAGACUUUACUAAUAGACUAAAGUUUUUAUCGGGUCUAGUAUGUUUAGUCUACCUGAUACUGUUGACAGUUAAAUUACUUUUAGAUUUUUAAAUAACAAAAUGUGGUGAUUUGUCAUUGAAUUGUCUUUUCUCUUUAAUUUUACAAUAGGCAUAUUACUCUCAUACAAGGGAUGAGUGGAAUAAAAAUAUUUUCUGUGGAA